AUGGAUACAAGUAGUAAGCGUUCCGAAAUAAAUAAAUGUAAGAGCCGGCCAUCUGAUCGGUUGAAUCCUAAGACUGUUGACCCGUUUAGUGCCAAGGUAAGACAUAAGACAACCUUUUCCGCCGCCUAUGUGAAUGGAGGAAUCCCUUGCAGAUUAGUUCAUGGAUCUGUAAAGCAUACACUACAGUGGUCGACAUCUCCGGAAGAUCUACCAUAUGACCCAUUGCUAGUUACUAUGAUGGAAGGUUUACGUGAAACUGUACAUCCCUUUACAUUUAUUGUGAAGCACGGGUUAAGAGAUUUAUUGCAAGCUGAUAGAGCAUCUAUGAAAAUUAUUCCGUUACUUUCUCAGUUAAUUCCUCCCUUACGACAGGCCUUGCAGGAACAAAGUAUUACGAUUUUUGAUGCAUGCCUGCAAACUUUACAACUUCUCAGUGAUGCUGCAGGCUCUGAACUCAAUGUACACUUGAAAACACUUCUCCCUCAACUCUCGAAGAGAAUGUUCAAUAAAGAUCAUAUGGGUUUAAUCUCAUCUACUUUGCAAUGUCUUGAACGCAACGGAGGAAAAGUAGCUUUCAUGAUUAUUAAGGCAAAAGUACCAACCUACACGUCCAUGUGUUCCUAG